CCUUUUCUUCCCUCUCACUAUUAGAUCCACCAUCUUCCCAGUUCAAAAAGAUUUGUACUUUUCUUUACUUCUUAGUCAAAAUGUGGAGUUUUUGCUUCUAGGGGGAGCCUUCUAACUCUAUCCAUGGCCGUUUUUUUUUUUUUUUUUUUUUAUAAUUUUGGCUGAGCAAUUGAUGCAAGGAUUUGGAUGAGUCAGGUGAAAUCCCUGCAGCUACAUCGGAGGAUGUGGAUGUUGCAGUCAACGCUGCUCGAAGAGCUUUUUCAAGGAAUAAAGGGAAAGAUUGGGCUAAAGCACCAGGAGCUCUUCGUGCUAAGUAUCUACGUGCUAUUGCCGCUAAGGUUAAUGAAAGGAAGUCAGAUCUGGCAAAGCUUGAGGCUCUUGAUUGUGGUAAACCAUUGGAUGAAGCAGUCUGGGAUAUGGAAGAUGUUGCUGGAUGUUUUGAAUUUUAUGCUGACCUUGCUGAAGGAUUAGAUGCUAAGCAGAAAGCUCCGGUCUCGCUUCCCAUGGAGACUUUUAAGAGUUAUGUUCUGAAGCAACCUCUUGGAGUUGUGGGACUUAUUACACCAUGGAAUUACCCCCUUUUGAUGGCUGUUUGGAAGGUGGCUCCUUCACUUGCUGCAGGAUGCACUGCGGUUCUCAAGCCAUCAGAGCUGGCAUCCGUCACUUGUUUGGAGCUUGCUGAUAUUUGUCGAGAAGUUGGUCUUCCUCCUGGGGUCCUCAAUGUUUUGACUGGUUUAGGUUCGGAAGCUGGUGCUCCUUUGUCAUCACACCCUGGUGUGGACAAGAUUGCAUUUACUGGAAGUUUUGCCACAGGAAGUAAGGUCNUACACCAUGGUAACUACUGCUGGAAUUACCCCCUUUUGAUGGCUGUUUGGAAGGUGGCUCCUUCACUUGCUGCAGGAUGCACUGCGGUUCUCAAGCCAUCAGAGCUGGCAUCCGUCACUUGUUUGGAGCUUGCUGAUAUUUGUCGAGAAGUUGGUCUUCCUCCUGGGGUCCUCAAUGUUUUGACUGGUUUAGGUUCGGAAGCUGGUGCUCCUUUGUCAUCACACCCUGGUGUGGACAAGAUUGCAUUUACUGGAAGUUUUGCCACAGGAAGUAAGGUCAUGGCAGCUGCUGCUCAGUUGGUGAAGCCUGUUUCUAUGGAGCUUGGUGGGAAGAGCCCUCUCAUUGUGUUCGAUGACGUUGAUCUUGAUAAAGCUGCUGAAUGGGCUCUCUUUGGCUGCUUCUGGACAAAUGGUCAAAUCUGCAGUGCGACUUCCCGCCUUCUUGUUCAUGAAAACAUCGCAGCUGAAUUUAUAGAAAAGCUUGUGAAGUGGAGCAAGAACAUUAAAAUUUCAGACCCCAUGGAAGAAGGAUGCAGGCUUGGUCCUGUCGUUAGCAAAGGACAGUAUGAGAAGAUAUUGAAGUUUGUCUCAACGGCUAAGAGUGAAGGAGCAACGAUCUUGCAUGGUGGUUCCCGACCUGAGCAUCUUGGAAAAGGCUUCUUUAUUGAACCAACCAUCAUAACUGAUGUUACAACUUCGAUGCAAAUAUGGAGAGAAGAGGUGUUCGGGCCUGUUCUUUGCGUGAAAUCAUUUGCCACUGAGGACGAGGCAAUUGAGCUAGCAAAUGACUCCCAUUACGGACUAGGAGCUGCAGUGAUAUCUAAUGAUGCAGAAAGAUGUGACCGUGUAAGCCAGGCCUUUGAAGCUGGGAUUGUGUGGAUUAACUGCUCGCAGCCUUGCUUUACUCAAGCCCCAUGGGGUGGAGUCAAACGCAGUGGGUUUGGACGUGAACUUGGAGAAUGGGGACUUGAUAACUACUUGAGUGUGAAGCAAGUGACUCUCUACACUUCAAACGAUCCAUGGGGAUGGUACAAAUCCCCCAACUAAGUAAUGGAUACAAUGAUACAUUGUCAUGAAAAUGGAAACCAAACCAAAUACUGUAUGUAUGUUCCAUCUUGGUGCUUUUAUAAUAAGUCUUGUCAAAUUUUAGUCCUGAAACUCGUAUUGUAAAACCUUGAAUAAAGGAUGCUUUGGUGUUGUUGUUUGGUUGUUCUAAAAGGCCAACAAUA